GCUGCUUCUUGUGGUGCAUGGACUGGUGACCUGAUAAUGCCUGUGUGUAGAUUGAAGCAGUUCGCAAAGUAUUUUCUUUUCGGGUUCAAUCAGGAGCUUGAGGCUGUUCAUCUCCAGUCUUCCAAGCUGCGCCAUUGGAAUACACCCCGGACGUAGUUCCGCCUUACUGUUGACUAUUACUAGUUCCUCAUUGCUUGCUUGGAAUUACAAAUCGCUAAUACAUUUCAUUUACCCCUGAAUAGCGAUAUUCCAAGCCCAACCAGGGAAGCAGCAGCAGUCAUGGCUAAUCCGGACAAACCAUCUCUCACACGAUGGUACAUCGACACUCGCCAACUCUCCGAGACAACCACCAACCUCCCCCUUCUCGAGACUCUACAGCCAGACGAUCAAACAUCCGUGCAGAAAUUCCUCCGUCUUCCAGAUCGACACAUGUCGCUAGCAUCAAACCUGCUCAAAUACCUCUUCAUCCACCGAACAUGUCGCAUACCCUGGACCCAAGUCAUCAUCAGUCGAACCCCCAAACCUCAUCAGCGACCAUGUUACAUUCCUUCGACUCAAACACGGCCAGAUGGUGGACUGAUACCCGCCGUUGAAUUCAACGUCAGUCACCAGGCCUCCUUCGUCGCCCUUGCAGGCUGCCGCACAAGCUCCUCAACGACCACCUCACAGACCGCCGUCAGCGAAAAAACCCCCGCCACGCAAGCUGCUCUCUUCGCCUCACCACUGCCCGCCUCAUCCCCAAUUCCAUCUAUACCACAGGUAGGUAUUGACAUCACCUGCGUCGACGAACCAGGCCGUCGCCGCAACAAGACGCCAACGACGGCCAACGAACUCGCCGAAUUCGUAGAUAUCUUCAAAGAGGUAUUCUCACCCCGCGAAAUCUCCAGCAUGAAACAAAUUCCCAUAUCAUCAAAACCACUACACGACCGAAUAAAAUCCAACCUGCGUCUCUUCUACGCCUACUGGGCGCUGAAAGAGGCGUAUAUCAAGAUGACUGGCGAAGCGCUACUUGCACCGUGGUUACAAGAACUGGAAUUCACGAAUGUGGUGCCGCCAGCGCCAGUAGGGCCGGAUUCGGCGAGUCCGUGGAGCGAACCGUAUAGGGGCGUUGAGACGUGGUUUUAUGGAAGGAAGGUGGAGGAUGUGAGGAUUGAGCUUGUUGCGUUUGAGAACGAUUAUCUUGUUGCGACGGCGGCGAGGGGUGGGGAGUUCGGGGCUGAGGGAGUGUUGAAGCAGAGUGAUGACUCAUGGGGUGUGUUGGAGCAGGUUGAUUUGGAGAGGGAUGUUAGACCAUGUGCGACUGGGAAUUGUCAAUGUUUGGGGUGAGGGAGGAUACGUAGCGUUUCGGAUUCGGCACGGAUAUUCCUGGAGUAUGAACUGGAUAUGGCAGUGUUAAGUGCUGGCACUUGGUAUAGGAUAUAUGAAUAUAUUAAACCAUUUUCGUAAGUGCAUGUAUCUACGAAACAACGUCAAAAGAUAGGGUAAUAUUUCAAUUUGGCCUAACCAAUAGCAAGACUGGUAUAUGUACAUAAAACUGAGGAAUGAGGGAAACUCCGAACCACC